AUGGCAGUCUUGGACUCUUCCCACGCAACACAGGUCCCUGUUUCUUACAUUGUACCCGUUAGUUUGGCAUUGCUCAGUUUUGCCUGCGUGUACGCCGCCAUUCUUUCGUUAGAUGGUAUUCACUGCAAGAAUAAUAUCUUGCUCUUCGCACUUUGCGGUUGCGAUGUGGUGAUCUUGAUAUUUUCUGCCAUGCAAUAUGGGCAACUCAACGAGGCGGUUUAUAACCUGUCUCUCCAGCGUGAUUCCGAUCACAAACCGCUCCCUGCACAGCUGGUGGCGAUCGUCUUCAUAGGCCUCAGCACUCCCAUCAUAUGGGUUACUGCGUAUUAUCUGCACGGGGAAUAUGCAUGGGCUCUAUACAGACAGGUACAUGGUGACUUGAGUUUCAAAAUCCGUUAUCAUGCAUACGAGGUGAGCUUCCCAUCUAUCACGUUAACGAUAGCGACUGACUCGUGUGACGUCUUCCCCGUACUCUUCAAACUUAACUUCUUCUUUUUGGUCGGGUUCAUUGUACAAUAUGACCUGGUCGAUGUUCACUUCGAAGAGCCGGAAUAUUCUCUCACGAGGGCUCUGAUACCCAUUUCUUUCAUUGUCACGAUGAUCGGAAUUUGGGCCGUUCGUUCAGAAAGGAAGAUUUCCACUUUCAGCGUCAUUUUAUGCCACUUUGCGUUGGUCGCAUAUCUGCUAAGCCGGAUCAUCAUUCUCUGUGGGCACACAUUCCGCGCGAAAACUGCAGGGAAGGACACGAUGUUACUGCUUGCCGUUACGUCGCUAGUCCUCACAAUUCUCACCGUCAAUUGCGUCAUGCAAUGUUAUUUUAUUUCGGUCAUGGGCUAG